AUGGGGGUAGGAGGCUACUUCCUGAAAUAUGUUAAAGCUACAUAUAUUACUAGGAGAAGAAGUGAAAUGAGAAAAACGAUAGAAAAUUUGAAAAAUAGUAUAUAUACAUAUAACAAUUAUAGUUGUUUGAAUAUUAUGUAUCACAUGAAUGAUGAACUAGAAGAAGAAGAUAAUACAUGUAGUCACUAUAGUGUUCAAAUUGACGAGAACAUUCAAAAAGUGCUGAAUUUUAUUAACCCUUUAAAUUUUCAUAAUAAGGAAAACCUGCAGGACGGUGUUGGAAGUGGCAUAAAUGAGGACUGCCAUAGGAGUUUUGUAAAUGAUGGUAAUAAAAAUGCAGCAACAGAGAGCAGUAUUAGCACCAGCAGUAGUACCAAAACCUGUGGUGGUUAUAGCGGUGCCGUUGAAGAUUCCAAUGAAUAUAAUAAAAGCAGAACAGACAAUAAAAAGAGAAACAGCUAUAUUUUAAAAUACAAAAUAAAUCACAUAGUAGUCAAGAGAGGAACGAGGGAACAAUACAGAUAUACAUACUUAAAGUCCCCUUUCAAAUACAAAUAUGCAUUAAGGCAUUACGUUUUUGAAAAGUAUAAAUAUCAUUUUUAUUUCUAUAAUAUAACGUGUUUUAAUAUUCAUAUAAUAUUUAAUAUCAUUUUAUCAUCUAUGACUAGUCAAACAUCCGUGAAAUGUAACAUUAACUGGUUCUUCCCUGGCAAUUAUUUAUUUGAAUCUGAGUUUUUAAGAAAAUGUUUCCAUAUGUUAAUUAAAAAAAAUAAUGAUAAUAUGCACUCCUCCUUAAAUAUGCAUAUUGAAGAGCAGAUUAACGAAAUAUGUAAUAAUUUAAAGGAUAAAGGAAAAAUGAAUUUGUCAUAUUAUGGUGAUAUAAAUUUAGACUUAAAAAAAUACAAUAUACAAAACUUGCUUCCACUAUUUUUUGAAAACAAAAUAUUCAGUGAAACUUAUAAAAACUUAAUUUUACUUGAAGAAAAAAGCUUUAAACAAAUGAAGGAAAAAAUACGCAAAAAGAAUGUUCAUUGGUUUUUAAAUAAAAAUCCCAAUGGUUAA